AGAAUAUUUUACAUAUGCACGCAUGCAUGCAGGGGGGCAUAUAAAUCCGGCGGUGACGUUCGGGCUGUUUCUGGCGAGAAAAGUGUCGCUGGUGCGGGCGGUGCUGUACAUAGUGGCGCAGUGCCUGGGAGCGAUCUGCGGCGUCGGCAUCGUGAAGGGCAUCAUGAAGCACCCCUACAACAGCCUCGGCGGCGGCGCCAACGAGGUCGCCUCCGGAUACUCCAGGGGCACCGCCCUCGGCGCCGAGAUCAUCGGAACCUUCGUCCUCGUCUACACCGUCUUCUCCGCCACCGACCCCAAGCGCAGCGCCCGCGACUCCCACGUCCCCGUGUUGGCGCCGCUUCCGAUCGGGUUCGCGGUGUUCAUGGUGCACCUCGCCACGAUUCCGAUCACCGGCACCGGCAUUAACCCGGCUAGGAGCUUGGGGGCUGCAGUUAUCUACAACCAGAAAAAGGCCUGGGAUGACCAGUGGAUCUUCUGGGUGGGGCCCUUCGUCGGAGCGCUCGCCGCGGCUGCGUAUCACCAGUACAUCCUCCGCGCGGCCGCCAUUAAAGCUCUGGGGAGCUUCAGGAGCAACCCCACCAACUAAGCGCGUUUUAAUUUUUAUUUCGAUUCCGAUUCCGAUUCUGAAGCGGUAGUAGUGGGUGGUGGGUUAGGCAAAAUGGGGGGGAGGGGGUUUGUUUGUUUAGCAUGGGCUCAGCUCUUUCUCUUUCUCUUUGCUUGGUUUGUGUGUAAUGUUUGAGUGGGUGAGGGAGAGAAGAGAGGGUUUCCUUUUUUUUUUCUUUUUUUUUCUUUUUUUUUUUUGGGUCUUUCUCCUGAACUUUGGUUUUUCUUUCACAUGUUAUGUCUCUAAAUGCCUCUCUUGUGGAUGUGUAAUUUAAUUUAUGAACACCAGUGUCUUAUUUGUUCCUUUCAAGUUUGGUCUAUCUCAA